AUGUCAUCGUCAGUCAUUCCUCAAGCUGGCACAGGCCAACACCAAGAACAAGCAGACCCUAGCUUCGCAAAACACUCCACUCACAGUGUCGAGGCCGAUUCACAUGACAAUGUUGCGCAUGUCUCCUCCAACCUUGCCAACUACGACUCCAGUGACAGCGACAACAACCACACCGAUGUUGUCGUCCCUGGGUUCGCAGCAGCAGACCCCGACAAUGGCGACGAUGCGCUGACCUGCCGGAUCCGUCGCAAGGUCGACCUUCGCCUUUGCACCAUCGCCGGCAUCCUCUGCAGUCUGAACCUGCUUGACAGUGGCGUCUUAUCCAGCGCUGCUGUCACUUCCAUGCCCGAAGACCUUGGUCUUGAUCAUGGAAACCAUUUUUCCGUUUCAAUCUUCAUCUUUACCAUCUCCAGCAUCGUCUUCCAGCUGCCCAGCACCAUUGCUGUGCGCCUCUUCGGGCCCCGUAUCUGGUUCAGUGUCAUCACUUUUGCCUUCGGCUUGAUAACUCUGUGUACAGGUUUCGUCAAGACUUGGCAGCAGAUGAUUGUUUUGCGCAUCCUGCUCGGUGCUGCGAUGUCUGGGAUCUUUCCGGGGUUGGCAUACUUGAUCAGCACAUGGUACCCGAGGAAGGAGCAGCAAUUGCGGUUUGCCUUUAUGCAGAGCGGCGAGGUGAUCGUGCUUGCGACGGGUAGUUUGGUGAAUUAUGGGCUGAACCGUCUGGAUGGGAGAGGCGGCUUGGAGGGUUGGCGCUGGAUGUUUGUUGUCCAGGGACUGUGUACCUGCGUGGUUGGUCUAGUGACGUAUUGGUGGAUGGUGGACUUCCCGGAGACAUCGCACAGAAGCUGGAAGUUUCUGUCCGAAGAGGAAGCAGAAGUUGUGUCAAAGAGGAUUCAGACCGACCGUGGAGAUCUCUUACCUCAAGACUUUACGAUUGGCAAGGUCCUGAUGCACGCCCUUGACUUGAAGGUGUGGGCGUUUGCAUCGCUUUUUUUCAUGCAGAACAUCGUUUCGACUGCACUAGCGUAUUUUGUUCCCGUCAUCCUGGAAAACGGACUUGGCUACUCGUCGGAUGCAGCCAUCAUUCUCUCGGCACCUCCUUAUUAUUACGCUGUGAUUCCCGUUUUGCUCUCGUCAUGGUAUGCCGAUAAGUUCCAGAUGAGAGCUCCAAUCAUUACUUUCAAUGCCAUAUGUCUUAUCACAGGCUUUGCUGUGCUAGGCUUUGCAGGACACUCAAGAGCAAGGUACUUCGGGGUUUUCCUCACCACAGGAGCCUAUAUCGCCAAUUGGGCUGCCUUGACUGCCUAUCAGGCGAACAAUGUUGUUGGACAAUGGAAGCGUGUGUUUACUACUGCAGCGUGUACCAUGUUCAAUGGCGCAGGUGGUAUUGCUGGAAGUUAUAUUGUCAAAGGGAUUGAGGCUCCUACUUAUUCCACUGCUGUUUGGGUAUCGAUUGGGUAA